AUGAGUCCGGGCAGCAGUACUGGCUGGACCUGUGCCUUGUGGUGCCUAAGGCUACGCUCAGCUUUCCGAACCAUCUUAGCCUGCAGCAUAGUCUACACCACCACCCUCUACGGUCCACAGCCUCUCAGGCAGCUAGUAGCCUACCCUGCAUACUCUUACCUCACCACCAUCCUGAUCGUGUCAGACGGUGUGACUCUUGGGGACUCGCUGAGAGGCUUCUGGCAUGCCCUUUGCGCUUGUGUUCAGGUUAUGACCCUCUCAAUCUUGAGCCUCCUGCUGAUAGGGCCUGCGCACUUCAGUUACUUCAUAUCAGCCUUGGCAGUGGCUCUGUGCACUUUUGUUGUGGCAUUGCCGGGAGCAACUCACUUGAUGGCCAAGAGGAUUGCAUUUGGACAGAUUGUGAUUGUGUAUGUAGGCACUGCCAUUCAUUGUGCAGAAGCUGGUGAGUUGGUACUUAUGCACCCGAUUCAGGUGGCGUUGAGUACCAUGCUUGGAGCCUCGGCAUCAGUCAUGGCUAUGCUGUUUCCCAACUUGUUCUUCUACCAAAAGGCAUCUGUGGCGGCUUUUCUGUCUCCUUACCUUGCCUACCACGAGGUGAGAGAUAUGUGCCAAAAAUAUGCUGAAAACGCUAGGAAAAGGUUGAACUUCUAUUCGGAUGCCAUCUUGUCUCAUGACAGCUCGGCUGCACUUGGCUUUAUUUUACAAGCACAGCCCUUGGCUCAAGUAGGAGAAAAGCUCCUUCGAAGUAUCAAACACAAACAGGAAGCCUUAAUGUGGGAGAGACCAAAACUCAGAAAUAUCCUGAAACCAACUUGCAUGGAUCUGGGAGAAAAAUUGCAGGACAUAGAAAUACCCUUAAGAGGGAUUGAAAUUGCUGCAACUUCUUGCCCUUCUUUUCCUGCUGCCUUGAUUAAGAAAGUGCAACCAGAUGCUUUACAUGACAUGAAAAGGCGAAUACAUGACAAGCUGGAGCAACUUGAGCGUUUUGCCCCCUUCUACAUUCUAAAGAAAAAGGAAAAAUCUUUGGAUGAGUCCUUCUGGCCCCUCGAAACCAUUUUUCGUGAAGAUUUGCUGGCUUUCUUUUUUCUGGAUUGUUUGAAACUCCUCCAAGAAAAUACUGAGGCAUUUGAAGAAUGCAAGGAGAGCUACUCUGAAAAUGAAAGUUCACAUGGUUCAGAAAAUCAAAGCCAUGGUGGUAUCAAAUGGAGCUGGAGCAUUUCAUGCAUUAUACCAAGCAAAACAAGCCUGCUUUUUGCAGUUAAGUGCUCAGUUUCACUAGGCCUUGCUGUGCUAUUGGGUUUGUUGUUUAAUGAAAGAGAAGCAUAUUGGGCAGGCCUCACAAUUGCAAUAAGUUUUGUCAGAGGAAGACAAGCAACAUUUACAAUUGCUAAUGCUCGAGCACAAUCUACGGCAAUGGGAUCAAUCUACGGAAUCUUGUGUUGCUUUAUUUUCCGUAAAGUUGAGAAUCUAAGUUUCUUACCUCUUCUUCCUUGGUUAGUUUUCACAAGCUUUCUAAGGCACAGCAGGAUGUAUGGCCAAGCUGGUGGAAUAUCAGCAGCUGUAGGGGCACUGCUGAUACUUGGUAGGAGACAUUAUGGCCCUCCACUUGAUUUUGCAAUUGCUAGAAUCACAGAGGCUGUUAUUGGAUUGAUUUGUUUCAUCACCAUAGAGAUUCUCAUAUACCCUGCAAGAGCAGCAACUCUAGCAAAACAUAAACUUUCACUUAGCUUGGGAACUCUUCAAGAUUGCAUCAAAGAUGUUGUUCUUUUUGACAACCAAAACAACCAAAACAACAUGCAAGCUUCAAUCUUUCCAAAAUUGAGACAGAAACAGAAGAAGUUGAAGUCCCAUGUCAAUAAGUUACAAAUGUUCAUUGAAGAAGCUGAACUGGAGCCUAAUUUCUGGUUCAUCCCUUUCUAUGGUUCUUGCUACAGAAAGCUCCUGAGGUCUUUAUCAAAGAUGUGGGAUCUUUCACUUUUUAUGUCCAACAAAAUAGAAUUUCUGUCAGUUGUCUUACAGAGAUGUGAAGUUGAUUCAGAGGACCUCCAAAAACCCAUGAAGUGCAUUAACAAUGACAUAGAACUUUUCAAGAAAAACGUUGAGACUUCACUGCAAUGCCUCCAAGAGCUGUCUUCCAAGAAGUCUCUUGCAGUACAUGACAAGCAUGACAUUGAGUUGGGUACAUCACCAAAAGCAAAUGAGUGUAGGGGUUUGGAGACAGAGAAGGAAGAGGUUGAAUGCAUUUUAAAUUCUUUUCUUCUACAUUCCAAUGAAGUAUCUGACAGAGUUGGUACCAAUACUGAAGGUGAGGAUAAGAAGCUUAAGAGCCAAGUUAUUGUUUGCUUGGCUGGCCUAGGGUUUUGCAUCAGUAGUUUACUCAGGGAAGUAAGAGAGAUGGAGAAAGAGUUUCAAGAACUGGUCAAUUUGGAAAACCCUUCAAGCCAUAUCAUAGUAUGA